UCAUUCAUUAUUUUCCACACAGAAUAUAAAAAAAACCUAUACACUGUGUGUGUAUGUGAUGAAAUUCGAAAGCACCUUCAGUAUUUAAUUAAAAAUCAUACAAAUAUAUAACACAAAAACACAAGUAGUUCCAUCGUUUUUGUACAAAGAGCGUCAUGCACUUGAUAGUAAGAUAAUGGUGACAACAACGAUCGAUUAUUUUCAUUUGUACAAAGAUGAGCAGUUUCCGCAAUCGAAUUGAUCAAAAUUAACAGCUCGCACACACAGUAUCACACAUACCACCGCAUUACGAGAAGCAAUAGCAACAUCGUGCUACAGAGCAGAAUUAAAAAGCCAUACAAAUUGUUUUGGAAUGAUAGCAAUUAGACAGAAAGUCACAAAUUUUAUUGCGUGCAUGUAAUUUUAGCACCUCAUCGUGCAGAACGAAAGAGCAAGCAACAACAGCAAAAUAAGGAGAAAAAUAGCGGAGAAAAACGAAUAAAAAGAGAACAAAAUCGAAAACCAAUAGAGAGUUUUUGUGAACGAGCGAGCGAACGAGUGAGUGAGUAAGAGUGUCGCUAGCGAGUAAUUUAUACGGUUUGCGUUACGAAGUCGUUGCGUGGUAUUUGUUUUUGUUGAAUUGAAAGAUUUGAAAUUCGAUGUGUUGCCUCCUGUCAAUAUUUUGUUUGAGCGUGCGCGAUCCAUACGGUUAUUUAGUUAAAUGAGAUUGCUGUACUAUUGCUGCUGUUGGAGAAUGGCGCCAAACACCAGAAUGACUCGAAAAUGGGAAGUCUUUGCCGGCCGAAACAAAUUUUACUGCGAUGGUUAUUUAAUGUCAGCACCGAAUACAGGAAUCUUCUAUUUAACCGUUUUCCUCAUCACUGGAACCAGUGCAUUGUUCUUUGCAUUUGAUUGUCCGUACCUUACAACACAAAUUACCUCUGCCAUACCAAUCGUUGGAGCCAUUUUGUAUGUCUUCACAAUGAGCUCAUUGCUACGAACGACAUUCACCGAUCCCGGGGUUAUUCCACGAGCGCUACAAGAUGAAGCCGCCUACAUCGAAAAACAAAUUGAAGUGCCAAAUUCAUUGAAUAGUCCAACCUAUCGGCCACCACCACGUACAAAAGAAAUUCUAGUUAAAGGUCAGACUGUUAAACUGAAGUAUUGUUUCACCUGUAAAAUCUUUCGCCCACCGAGAGCAUCACACUGCAGUCUAUGCGAUAACUGUGUCGAUCGCUUCGAUCAUCACUGUCCGUGGGUGGGCAAUUGCGUUGGAAAGAGAAACUAUCGAUUUUUUUAUAUGUUCAUCGUAUCUCUAGCAUUUUUAGCCGUGUUUAUAUUUUCGUGUUCAGUUACGCAUUUAGUUUUAUUAGGGAAAGAAGGAGACGAUGAAUUCAUCGAAAUAGUUAAAAAAGCACCGUUUAGUGUGAUUGUAACACUGAUUUGCUUCUUUUCAAUAUGGUCUGUGAUAGGAUUAGCUGGUUUUCAUACUUAUUUAACAACAAGUGACCAAACCACCAACGAAGACAUUAAAGGGUCAUUUUCCAAAGGAGCACAACAGAUAAAAAAUCCAUAUUCACAUGGGAAUUUAUGUACAAACUGCUGUUUCAUUCUCUGUGGACCGAUGGCACCAUCGUUAAUCGAUCGACGUGGAGAAGUAACUGAAGAAUACAUGGUCGACAUGCAACCAACGGAUAUCAAUCGGUUUGGCGGCCAGCAGUCAAUUGUUUUGCAACCAUUGAGCAAUAACACAAAUAUUCAAAAAUCAAAAUAUUACGACAACGAAAUUGAUAAUAAUUUAAUCAGUAGCAAUAAGCCCGGUAAAUAUCGACAACGAAGCUAUGACAACUUGAAAACGGGUAACUCGAAUAGUGUGGCCAAUUUGGUGGAGAAUGAGAAUCCAACAUCGAUGCAGUCGGUGACGAUAAACGACGAUAUGUUACCAAAUAUGGAUACCGAUGCUUUAGGGAAUUUAACACCAUUCAAUAAUAUGAAAGGCAGUUACAAUAAUCUAUUUUGUGAUAAUUUAGACGACGAUACAGUUCAAACAUUUGAUCAAAAUGAUCCGGCAAACGUACAAACCACCAACCAGAUCUUAGAGAAUGUUUAUUGCAAUAUAUCGCCAGCAAUGCAAACAAAUGGCAAACCGGCCAUCGACACAAUGACACCAACAACAACAACAAAAAUCGCAAUCACGGCAACGAACAAUAUAGUUGACAAUAUAUUGGCGAGCACCGAUCCCAAUUUGCACGUUUAUUCGAAUGUUAGUAAUACGGCGAUCAAUGUCAAUGAACCGGUACUAAUAUCAACAACCACAGCGACAGCGACAGCAACUGCAGUGGCUAAAGCUGCUGAUGUAUUGGCUGUGGACACAUCAACGCUCCCACCGAUAAAGGACAAAUCAACGAACGACAAUGCGCUCAAUUUAAGCAACAUUGAAUCGAUAAUCAGUCAAUCAAUUAAAUCAACGAAAAUGCUCGGUGACUUGGAUCUUGAUCUUGAUGAUCCAACACUGGUCAGCAGCUCAAUAGCAAACACUCCAAACACCAGUACAAUGUCAAAAGUAUUGAAAACCAACAACGAUUCGAUCGGUCUGAGCAAUAGUAAAUUUAGUUCGACGACGAAAAAAUCGAAACAGUCAAUGGGCGUCGGCGAUGAAUCGCGCUCUUCGAAGAAGCUUUUCAACGACACCACCGCAGUACCGCUCGGUGAAUUGAUAACGGUUGACGGUGAGAAUGGUAAUGGUUCAUAUCUUCGUUCUUUACACGAUACAACAAUGAUCGAUACCGCCUUAGAUUUAGACAGUAUAGAAGAUGCAAAUAUCGGCAUUGAAAAUGUUAGUUGAAACGAAACCACUUGACAUACGCUUAUCUCAGCAUCAGCCAUGGAUUAAUUGAAUAUACGUAUGUCCAGUGGUUGAAAUGUUGAGAUAUUUAGUCGUAAGUCCGAAACACUAUACGUAUUUAUGGCCGAGCAAAAUAAAAUGAAAACAAAACAGUGACAAAUACGAAACGAGAUUAUGCAUUUGGCUUCAAUUGCAGUGAUUAAGGUCCCCGUUAACAUGCACACAAGCACUUUGCUUACGAAACACCAAAAUCGAUUCGAUCAAAACACAUGUAACUCAAUCGCUAAGCGCCCGACCGUAUCGCAUUGGUCGUCGAUGUACAGCCGGAGUAGUUGAGACUAUGUUCUUGUUAUUUUUCUCAUCCAAUCCCUCUCUCCCUUAUUCAACACAACAGAUCAACUACAGGUGCGAUUGACGGUUACCAUCGCACAUAUUUUCGCUUAUAGCGCAUACACAUACACAUACACAUAUACAUGAAUAUAUAUAUAUUUUUUUUACUUUUUUCAAAUACACUUGAAAUAUGUUUGGUGAGGUGCAAACAAGAAAUAAAUACUGUACAUAGUGGACUGGAUUUUAAUGUAUAUAUAUAGAAAAAAAUUGCCCAGUUUGUAAACAAAUCGACAUGCGACUGCAUGUUUACACAUAUAUACAUAUGCAUAUACAUAAAAAUAUAUUUACAACCAUCGAAUGGAAACGAAAAUGUGUCAUUUGAUGAAAAUGCCUUAAAUGUAAGACAGCAAACUAAGAAACAAUACAAAUGCGCGAUCUUACAAUUGAAAACAAAAGAAAUAGUCUAUGUUUUGUAAUGAUGUGUAAAAUUUGACGCCUAAUAAAUGGCCAAUUUCUUUAUGGGUUUAUUAUACUAUUCAUCUGUGUUCUCACACAGUGAAUGCGUUUCGCAUAUCGGUCUAAACGAAAACAAAAGAGGAAAAAAAUCACAAAAAUCAUAUUAUGUAUUAUGAAAUUAUUGGAAAAUAAAAACGAGAAAUUAACUAAAGUAACGUUAGUACUAUUCUUCAUUUGCAAUAUUUAUGCAGGAGAUAACAAAAUCCAAAACAAUCGUGCAGAUUAUUUAGUUUUACAUGGAAACAGUUAAAACAUUGUAAUAGCCUGUUCGUACAAAUAAAAUGAAAUUUGAAUAGAAAAACAAA